GUAGUACAAUCUGGCCCAUGUUGGAAUUGUAAGGAGGGCAUAAAGCAAGUCCUCGAAGUGCAGGAAUUCGUGGUUUUGGGACUGGUCGUACUUCAUGUAAUCAUUAGUGAAGCUAGGUCAUCCUUUCAGUUGGCCUUCAGGAAUUUAUUCAUUGAUUCAAAAUUCUUCUCAACAAGAAUGAAGAUAUUGCCUGGGUGUGUUUGCCUGGGCGAUGUGUUUUUUGACCUGAUGUAUAACGUAGCGGACGAUUGGGCCGAUUAA